ACUCCGACAGCAUCAGAACACACCACAAUUAUUAUGCCAUAUGUACAAACCUGCGCCGCCUAGACCAAGAAAGACAAACAUCAUACGUUCGCGCAAUGGCUGUAAGAGCUGUCGCGAUCGAAGAACAAAGUGUGAUGAGCAGAAGCCAACAUGCGGAACCUGCGCAAGACUGGACAAGCGCUGUGAAUAUGUCCAGCCUGUGCUCAAAUUUCAGAACAUAACGGUGCAGGAUUCAAACAGAGUAUCAUCCUCGUAUGACACUCCAUCCACAGAGAGGCAAUGGUUGGCUGGCAACGAGAGGCUUGCUAUCCAAGCUACACAAGGUGGCCCCCGGAUAGGAAGCCAUGGAAUAACCAAAUCGUUGCAAGUAACAGAGAGAGAUAUCUUUUACACCACGUAUUGGGAGGAUAACUGCUUACCAGCCUUACACCCAAUGUUCCACUCUGCCACUCUGUUGACCGCUGAUCAUCCCAUCCUCAACGAUGCUAUCCUGGCUCUGUCCUCUUGCAACAUCAGCCGUCUCUAUAGUGAACGCAGAACAUCUUCCACCGGGCUGAUGGGGCCGUUGAGCCCCAGUCUCAUCCAUCAAACAAGAAGUCAUUUGUACUACUCGUCGGCGAUCAGGAGACUAGCCACAAUGAAAGCAUCCGACUAUCGCCACAAUGCCACAGUUGUAUUCAUUGUCCUUGUUCUAUUCGCCCACCUAGAAUCGGCAAUGGGCAAUUUUCAAGCCUUUUAUUGCCACGUGCAAGGGAUGAUGAGUUUUCUAGUUGACUGGCGUGAAGGAGCCGGAGAUGUAGCCAUCAAGCCCCUCCUCAGGUCAUGGAUGCAGACUCGGUACGUCGUGUGGUGGGCUCGUGCCUAUUUCAGCUCGUUGGAUAUACAUCAGCAGCUACCGUCGAUCCCCUUACCCAUCUCACUGAAAGAAGAACCCCGUACACUCCACGACCGACGUGUCAAGGUACUAAGCAUCAUGUGUGAAUCACAUCGGCUGAACUACAAGGCUGUGCUCCAGCAGUUCAAGAAUAUGAGGUCCGAAGAAGAGGCCAAACAUGAAAACAACCGGUGCUACGCUGAAUGCGCUUCCCUCCUAUGUCACGAGGCUACGAAGUUAGACGAGUGGCUGUUGCAUCUUCCGCCAUCUGAGCUACCAAUUUACAGACUCAAUGAUACGAGUAGCACGACAAUCCAUUUCCAAUCUCACGACGCAGCUCUCAACUACGCCUACUAUGUAGUAGCGCGUAUAAUGCAGUGUACUGGUCUCUUGCAAGAACUAUGCAAUCCGUCCACUUCAGGCUACGAAGGUGAAUGCUCCCAAACGGAGCUUUGGGCGCAGACCUUAGUACAGAUAGCGCAAGGUACAGAGAUGCGGACGUCUCUCACCAGAAACAGUUAUACAAUCGGGUUCUCGGGCUUACUACUGGCGGGGGUUCUUCGAUGCCAAAGUCUUUCUGUCGGCCUGGAGAUCCAAAACUGGUUACAAACGCUGCAGGAUCUGCAGCCAACUGAAGAAGGAGCUUUCCCAGUUUACCAGACUUUAAGUGUCGUCAAGGUCAUCAAUCAACAGAGGAUGGUUGGCCGAGACGUGUUUGCUGUCACGCAGCCGGUGGACGAUGGCGGUGGACACCCCAAGGUCACGGCCUACAAUAGCCAGUUUAUCAGCAGUCUCUUGUUUCACGGCAGAUGUCGGAUAAGGAACUGUCUCUUCGAGGAAUGCAUUACUCUGAAUGUUUAGAUCUAUAUCCAAGGUCGACAAUCAAUACCGCAGCUUCAGGCGAUUUUACACAACAAUUCUUCUACUCUCGAACAACACCAUGGCAAUACACAAGUCAAUCCAUGUGCAAGCGGAUGCAGAGGCUGACCAUGAAAGCCAUCUUUUUCCAACAUUGUGGGUCUUCGGCGUUGGUUACGGGGUUUUGAUGUCUUUCGAUAUAGAUUAGAAUUUAGCUGUAGUUACUUGGGUGUUCACAUCUAGCCGGCCCUGUUUUCAAAGUUUUUAGUUAAUACAACUGUUUUCAAUAUGAAUAAA